AUGCCCGAAGCUGACAUAGCUCAAAGGUAUAGGAUAAGUAAAUACCCAACCUUGAAGUUGUUCCGGAAUGGAAUGAUGAUGAAGAGAGAGUAUCGGGGUCAGAGAUCAGUGACAGCAAUAGCAGAUUAUAUCCGGCAACAGAAAAGCAAUCCUAUUAGAGAAGUACUAAGCUUGGAAGAAAUUAAUUCUCUUGAUCGCAGUAAAAGAAACAUUAUUGGAUAUUUUGAACAAAAAGACUCUGAUAAUUACAGGAACUUUGAAAGAGUAGCAAAUAUUUUGCACGAUGACUGUGUCUUCCUAGCUGCAUUUGGGUCUGUUUCCAAACCAGAACGGUUUAGUGGGGACAACAUAAUAUAUAAGCCAACAGGGGAAAAUGCUCCAGACAUGGUUUACUUGGGUUCUAUGACUAAUUUUGACUUGGCUUAUGCAUGGACUCAGGACAAAUGUGUUCCUCUUGUUCGUGAAAUUACAUUUGAAAAUGGAGAGGAAUUGACAGAAGAGGGCCUUCCUUUCCUUAUACUCUUUCAUAUGAAAGAUGAUACAGAAAGUUUAGAAAAGUUCCAGCAGGAAGUUGCACGACAGUUAAUAAGUGAAAAGGGUACAAUAAACUUUUUACAUGCUGAUUGCGACAAGUUCAGGCAUCCGCUGCUCCACAUUCAGAAGAGUCCAACAGAUUGUCCUGUUAUUGCUAUUGAUAGUUUUAGACAUAUGUAUGUUUUUUCAGACUUCAAUGAUUUGACUGUUCCUGGUAAACUCAAACAAUUUGUACUAGAUUUACACUCUGGGAAAUUGCACAGAGAGUUUCAUCAUGGUCCAGAUCCAACAGAUGUAGCACCUGGUCAGCCACUCCAGGACAUAGUAAGCAGCCCACCGGAGAGUUCAUUCCAGAAGCUAGCACCUAGUGGACAUAGGUACACCUUAUUGCGGGAAAAAGAUGAACUCUGAAGACUUGAAAACAGCAUUCAGUCAGCAGUUGUGACUCCUGUGGGGUGGAAAUAGGAAACCUAUAUUUUCUUAAAUUCUGUUUGUUUUUAUUUUAAAUAAUAUCUUGUUUUUCUGUGCUCCCUGGGGUUUGUAAAUAUGUGUGGGCCAUUUUGGACAGCAUCUUUCCAAAGUUUAUCUUGCUGCAAAUCGAUGUAAAACUUUUCUAAACAAAUGAAAGUGUUGUCAUUACCAGCAACAUGCUGUUAACUUGCACUAUCCAAUUAAACAGGACUUCUAGUUUUUCCAUUGGUGUAAUCUGGUGGUAUGAUUGUCUUACCUUUCUCCUCAAAUGAGCAUAAUUUUGUUAAUUUGCUAUUGAAGGAAUAUCCUGGAUAUUUGGGUGGGGAAUAAAUUACAAUUUUACAGAAUUUGUGUGAUGGUAUUUUACUUACUCUUACCAAAUAUUUCAUUUUAAAGUGAGAAUGAAAUGGAGAAUAUGUUCAGUGGGGCUCCUGUAGGCUCAGUUUUUCUGUCACAGCUUAUAUUAUGAAGUAAAAAGAAACCACUGGAGAAAAAAUCUAUGGAAUGAUUACUUAAAAAAAAAACAAGAAAAUCCAAAAGCAUAAAUAUGUGAAAUUUGGGAAAAGUAUUCUCAUAUGUUGAAGUAAUUGUGUCCUUCAGCAUUACAUUGUUUAUUCAUUAAGAAUGAGAAAUAUGGAAUUGAUGGAAAAUUGUAAAAUGUACAUCCUUUAGUUUAAAAAGCAGAAUUCCAAUAAAUAGAUUUGGGAGGAGUCCC